AUGCCCAGCGCAGCCAACUACCUCGGCAGGGCCGAAUAUUGGACGGAGCGAGUGCGUAGCGAAGGCGAGGGGGAUGAGCAAGGCUUUGACUGGCUACUACCCAGUGACAAUGCUGGCUUUAAGUCAUUCAUCACAGACGCAGUCAAACAAGUCUCCACACAAACAACCGAGACCCCCCGCGUCUUGCAUCUUGGACCUGGCAGCUCUAAGUUGUCGCUUUGGAUGCACGACCUUGUCGACAAACCCCAUCAUGUGGUUCACUUCGAUUUUGCGGAGUCGGCAAAGGAGCUCGGUGAGCGAUGGGAGCGGGAAAGCUGGCCAGAUGCAGGCGAGCAGCGGAUGCGCUGGAUGACAGGUGAUCUGUUGGAGCUUUCAAGUGUACGGGGCCUCACUCAGUCGCUGGAGGAUGCCGAGCGAUCGGAGGGAAGGGGAGUACCGGGGCCGAUAUUAUUUGACGUACUUGUCGACAAAGGCACCCUCGAUGCCAUCUCGUGCGUGGAGGCCUUGGCCCCUCAGAGCGAGCUGGUCGAAUGCAUCAAGAACUAUGCGCCUGAGAUACCGGCCAAGGUCAUCAAGACGCCCAUCUACUCGAGCCUCAUGGUAGCGUUGAAUCUUGCGGCUAUUUGCCGCCCUGGUGCAGCCUGGGUGAUGUUGUCUUAUGGCGGAACUCGUUUUGAUGCUUUCACAGCGCGUGUCAGAUCCGAGACGCCAAGAAGCCUUGAGGAGUUGGCGUCAAGAUUGUGGCGGCUAGAAGUAAGGCGCGAGUUGGAAGAGGAUGUCAAGACUGAAGAUGAGAAUGGAGACGUGAAGAGAACAAAGGCAUAUCAUUGGCUCUAUCUGUUGCGUCGCACAGAUGUUCCGUUUGGAGUAGAGCCACUGGAGAAAAACCAAGAGAAAGUGGCGGUCAACCCAUAA